AUGGGCUCCAUGACCAUGCCAGCCCCCCCGCAGCGCAUGCCUAAGCCCCCCUAUCUCGCUUGCGGGCCGGGCUUCGCCGUGCGCUCCCAGUCCCUACACUCGGUGGGCGGGGGCAGUAACGGAGGUGGGGAGGAGGAGGUAGGCAGCCCCACCUCCCGCAAGCAGCCCCCGCCCAAACCCAGGAGGGACCCGGCUACCAAGCUGACCAUUUCCUCUGAGACAGUGGACCACAGCCCCGCCUUGGUCUGCAGGGGCUGCAGGGCCAAUCCGGAUGGUAAGUGUUAAACAACAAGACUAGCUACUCCAACAUAGCCUGUAAUUCAACAAGUAGCUAAUGGGAACAUAGGCCUACUAAACAGCUAUGAGAAAUAAUACUUAACGCACAACUACGCAAACAAACAAGACCCUUACGCAACAACCAACAAUUACGGGAAAAUACUACACAACUACAACAAAUAAUGCUGCGUACCACCAGCUAAUAAAACAAACUACACGACAACGCACAACUACGCCAACAUUCUACUCAACUACAAAAACAAAACUACACAAUAUACACCGGGUGGUGUACACUGAGUGUACAAAACAUGACAGACUGACCAGGUGAAUCCAGGUGAAUGUUAUGAUCCCUUAUUGAUGUCACUUGUUAAAUCCACUUCAAAUCGGUAUAGAUGAAGGGGAGGAGACAGGUUAAAGAAGGAUUUUUAAGCCUUGAGACAAUUGAGACAUGGGAUUGUGUGUGUGCCAUUCAGAGGGUGAAUGGGCAAGACAAAAGAUUGAAGUGCAUUUUGAACGGGGUAUGGUAGUAGGUGCCAGGCGCACCGGUUUAUGUCAAGAACUGCAAUGCUGUUGUUUUUUUUCACGCUCAACAGUUUCCUGUGUGUGUCCACCAACCAAAGGACAUCCAGCCAACUUGACACAACUGUGGGAAGCAUUGAGGUCAACAUGGGCCAGCAUCCCUGUGGAACGCUUUCGACACCUUGUAGAGUCCAUGCAAUCUCUAAGGGCUGUAAAUGAAUGACCGUCAGCAGCAGUGGGAUUGAAUGAUCCGAGCAGCCAGAGUGCAGUGUACAUGAGGUGCGGCAAUGUGGAUGAACAAAUCAAACAUUUGCUUCUAGUGAGUGUGGCUCAGGUCAGAGGUCAGGUCAGGUCAGGUCAGGUCAUGCUCCUGAUGGUCAUGCAUGGCGUUUAUGUAGGCCUACAUUUAAUUUGUCCAGGCGGCCAAUGUUUGCUACUAUCAUUGGAUGUUGGAUGUGCGUACAGACUUUUUUUUAUUCAUCACAGGGCUGCCUUUAAGGCCAUGGGGCUGCCAGUAGCGGAGCGUGGGUAAAAUCACUGGGGAAGCAAAGCCAAAAGAAAAGGCAUUUUACCACCUAUGUGUUGUGAUAAUUGCGUUGUUUGCUCUAUAACCUGUUAGUUCAUAUGCCUUGCCAUCGUGAUGUAUAGGCCUAAGGCCUGGACAAUAAGAAGACACAGUGACAGAAUAAAUUCAACCACACCUUUGUUUCAAUACAAAACCGGAGAGCAACCUCUAUCCGGUGAAGUCCACAAAGCAUUUUGCAUGUAACAAACAGCUACAUGACCUACAGCAUGGUCAAGCAAGUUAAUGUUUCCGACAUUUUUCAGACUACUAAACAACUAUUGAUUUAGAACCACAGAGACUUAACGCAAGUCGCAAAGAAAACAGGUGCCGCCUCCACUAUUUCAGCACCAUUUCAAAUUCAACAUCACCUCUGCUUAGUCUAAUACAGUGACAACUAAAAGAUACCAAAAACAAUUUAGUCCAAUCAACGUAAGCUAAAUAUGAUGUGGCUGUCCAUGGUUCUGAUUUGUGUGUGUGUGUGUGUGUGUGUGCGCAAGUAGAAAAACAUGUUGACUCACCCUACUUGUAGAGAAAAUUAAACGCCAUCCUCUUUCAUGUUGACGAAACGGUCUAUCACUCUGUCAUACAGUACACGCUUUAAUUUUUUGUUUUCCUAGGCUACCUGGCUAAAAUGCUGUCUCACUAGCCUACCUUCCAUUCAUGGGCAACGUUAGCUAAUUAACAUUAGCCUUCUACAUAUAUACAUUAUAUAUAUACAUAUAUAUAUAUAUAUAUAUAUAUAUAUAUAUAUAUAUAUAUAUAUAUAUAUAUAAUAUGUACAUCUAGCUACAUAUUGAACUUCCACCCAUCUCAGUCCAGGGACAUAAUGUAUGAAUUUAUGGUUGGAUCAGAAUUGCCAUUAUAAAUCAUUGGCCAGUAUGGAGAAUUAAGAAAGUCACAAAUCCCUAUCUCCAUCCAUGGCUAAUUUAGGAAAGGGACAAUUUUAGCUAGCUAGCUACCGGAGGACAACAACACAACAAUUCAAGUUGUUUCUGUCAAUCACGUAUUUCUAUCGAUGCGAUGCGAUAGGAGUGAAGCCAAAUCCAAACUGGCUUCCCAUUACACUUUUUUAUGGUGUGCCAGGACACAGUAACACAACCUGACUACUGACUCGUUCAGGCUUGAGGUUUGAAAGGUGCGUGCGAACUGACCGGUCCCAUUUGUGAUGUGGCUAUGAAAGCUAACCACUUGCAAAAUGCCUCCCCAGAGUAUCUGCGUUCUACAGUGUCUGCUCAUCGGUUUUCUCCAUAAAGCUUUUUAAAAAGCCCACAAAGACCCUGUUUACAUUUGGCAAAGGAAUGUGUUCUGCGAAGGGGUCACACCCGAAGAGAUCAGGGCCGGUUUCCCGAUAGUUUAGGCUUAGGAGUGUUUUAACGAUGCAUCUUUCCUACAAACGGACGAAGAUGAAACACGCGUUUCCCAAAACACCACGCAGAGAGAAACGGUCGCUAAGUGCGUCAUUGGAGCGUGUGUCGAUACUGAUAGGAUAGAAAGAAAGGAAGCUGCUCUCUGAUCAGCUUUCUCCAUUCAAAUCUUACCUUAACAUUAUAAUGAUUUCACAAUACUGAUGACGGAUCAGCCCCUAGAGAGAUAUUACCACCUAUGGCUGCAAAUACGAGGUGGCUUAUUAUUCUCCCCAAUAAAAAUGCCCUAAAAAUCACCAAUUUGACACAUCAUUGCACACACGUUGUCACACAUCGUGAAAUAUGUUGAGCCAAAUUACAGACAGUAGCCUACAAGUAGCAAAAUAGAGCUACAUUUAUUGAACAUGAAAUGUAUUUCAAUAUGAUCGAAAUAGGCCUAUAGCUUACUGUUUAUAUUUUAAUGCAGUCAUCUCGGUUUUCAUUUGAAGCCUCUUUUUAUACGUUGCUUGUUUGUAUCAAUUGCAAAGAUAUUGGCAGCUUUGUAUUUGUAGUCAACUUUGUUCUGAAGUUACCGCAGUCACAGAGAGAUGUUUAGCAGAGAUCUUCUGUGUAUAAAGUGGACAAAAAAAAAAGCAUCUAACGACGCAUUUAGGUUUUCUAGUGGUCUGAGGCAGCCGUUAGAUUAUGAGCGUUUUCAAGUGCAACAAUGGUUUUAAUAACGAUGGUUUUGGGAAACAUCUCAGAGAUUUAACGAUGCUCCUACGAAGGCUCUAACGAUGAACUUAGCCUUAAAAUGCUCUUGGGAAACUGGGCCCUGAUCUUGAUGUCCUGGUGUGAGCCGUUUAGUUUAGCCUAUAUCCGCUUUGUGAUCGGCUCAAAGCGUGUAUCCUCACCAGGUAGAUGAAAGUAAUCUGCUCCGCAUCUGUUGUGAGGAAAAGAGAGAGUAAGAGGUUACUGCCAAUUGUCAAUUCACCUGCAUUUAAUAAUAACAGCAGAUAUCAAAGGAGAGCAGAGGACCGAAACAAAGGAUGGGACACAUUGGAAUAAAGACGGUCAAAGAAUACAUUUUUACAUUUACGUCAUUUAGCAGACGCUCUUAUCCAGAGCGACUUACAAAUUGGUGCAUUCACCUUAUAGCCAGUGGGCCAACCACUUUACAAUGUUUUUUUUUUUUUUUUUUUUUUUGGGGGGGGGGGAUAGCGACAAGGUAACAAAUGGAUGGACAUUGGACCAUCUCUGAUCAGAUAUUAUUUGUACAAAAUGAUUGUAACUUUAUUGACUCUAAAAUCAGUAGUGUGGCCUUGUUGCUUAGGGGUGUAAACUAACGUAGCAUAAAGCACCUAACUAUAAACUCAAUCACUGUUACGCUGUACAGAUGUCCUUCUAUAUCAUGUAGCAUGUAAACAACAAGAUACUUUAACAGAACAAAAAGCACCUCCUGAGCCAGGAAACAACAAGCAUCAAAACGAACUAGAAAUGAACUAUUAAAGUAGUACAGUCUCAAGGGGCUGUGAGAGACUUAAGGGUGAAUAUACGGUCGCAUUUGACCGCGUUGCAGUUUGAUGAGUGUGCCAUUGUGACGGUUGGUUAGGGAGUUGGCCUGGCUGCCUCAGAUUGGAGGGGAUCACCGUGUGCACACAGAUCUUCCUCUGCGCCAAGGCAACCGUCCCACAGAAACAAGCCCCCCCCGUAGCCCGGCCAAUCAGAUCGAGGGCAGGCAGCGCGUGCCAAUGAGGCGGCGGCAACGGUGGAGCUCUAAGGCCUCCCGGCCAAUCGGCGUCGGAGUGUGGGGGUGUCCCUCACCGAGGGGAGGGUUGUUGCAUGAGCCGGAUCGUGCUCUGCGCCGAGCAGGGGGAGGGGCCAGUCAGAGGCAGAAUUCAUUCAGGAGGAGCGACUGACCUAGAUUCUGUUUCCCCCAGGAGGGGGGGGUAAACACAUCCCCUGUGGGGAGGGGGCGAGAAAGCGGGGGAAGGGAGGUGGGGGAGGAUGGACUCAUCAUUAGUGCAUGAAACAGAUCUCAAAAUCCACCAUUCAACCAGUUAGCAUGAUGAUAGUAGUAAUAACAAGCCAUCCGAGUGCAGAGACACAAAGUACACUGACACAUCUGUACACACACUGGACCACGCUGAGCUCAAAUCUCCUAUUGUCACCUCAGGUUGAGAUGCAUGCUGGGAUAUAAAGCCCUGUUGAAUUGACAAACAUGUUUAAUUACAGUGAGUGUGCAUCUUGUGUUUUGGUCGUGUUUUGCCUGUAUGUGUGUGUAGUGGGGAGACUUUAAGUUCAGAGUAUGAAUGUGAGUAUGUAAUAAUAAUAAAUAAUAAUAAUAAUAAGCCAUUUAGCAGACGCUUUUAUCCAAAGCGACUUACAGUCAUGUGUGCAUACAUUUUUACGUAUGGGUGGUCCCCGGGGAUCGAACCCACUACCCUGGCGUUACAAGCGCCAUGCUCUACCAAUUGAGCUACAGAGGACCACAUGUAGAGGUUGGAUUAAGGUUGAGGGUGUAUAUGAAAUCUAUGAAAGGGAUAAAUUGUGUGUGUGUUUGUCGUGAAUGCGGUUUGAGUCAUAGAGAGGAGACCGUGGGACUGUCUCUUUACGUAGUCAUAUACAGUGGGGAGAACAAGUAUUUGAUACACUGCCGAUUUUGCAGGUUUUCCUACUUACAAAGCAUGUAGAGGUCUGUAAUUUUUAUCAUAGGUACACUUCAACUGUGAGAGACGGAAUCAAAAAUCCAGAAAAAUCACAUUGUAUAAUUUUUAAGUAAUUAAUUUGCAUUUUAUUGCAUGACAUAAGUAUUUGAUACAUCAGAAAAGCAGAACUUAAUAUUUGGUACAGAAACCUUUGUUUGCAAUUACAGAGAUCAUACGUUUCCUGUAGGUCUUGACCAGGUUUGCACACACUGCAGCAGGGAUUUUGGCCCACUCCUCAAUACAGACCUUCUCCAGAUCCUUCAGGUUUCGGGGCUGUCGCUGGGCAAUACGGACUUUCAGCUCCCUCCAAAGAUUUUCUAUUGGGUUCAGGUCUGGAGACUGGCUAGGCCACUCCAGGACCCUGAGAUGCUUCUUACAGAGCCACUCCUUAGUUGCCCUGGCUGUGUGUUUCGGGUCGUUGUCAUGCUGGAAGACCCAGCCACGACCCAUCUUCAAUGCUCUUACUGAGGGAAGGAGGUUGUUGGCCAAGAUCUCGCGAUACAUGGCCCCAUCCAUCCUCCCCUCAAUACGGUGCAGUCGUCCUGUCCCCUUUGCAGAAAAGCAUCCCCAAAGAAUGAUGUUUCCACCUCCAUGCUUCACGGUUGGGAUGGUGUUCUUGGGGUUGUACUCAUCCUUCUUCUUCCUCCAAACACGGCGAGUGGAGUUUAGACCAAAAAGCUAUAUUUUUGUCUCAUCAGACCACAUGACCUUCUCCCAUUCCUCCUCUGGAUCAUCCAGAUGGUCAUUGGCAAACUUCAGACGGGCCUGGACAUGCGCUGGCUUGAGCAGGGGGACCUUGCGUGCGCUGCAGGAUUUUAAUCCAUGACGGCGUAGUGUGUUACUAAUGGUUUUCUUUGAGACUGUGGUCCCAGCUCUCUUCAGGUCAUUGACCAGGUCCUGCCGUGUAGUUCUGGGCUGAUCCCUCACCUUCCUCAUGAUCAUUGAUGCCCCCCGAGGUGAGAUCUUGCAUGGAGCCCCAGACCGAGGUUGAUUGACCGUCAUCUUGAACUUCUUCCAUUUUCUAAUAAUUGCGCCAACAGUUGUUGCCUUCUCACCAAGCUGCUUGCCCAAUUUUAUCCCCGAUGUCCUUACACAGCUCUCUGGUCUUGGCCAUUGUGGAGAGGUUGGAGUCUGUUUGAUUGAGUGUGUGGACAGGUGUCUUUUAUACAGGUAACGAGUUCAAACAGGUGCAGUUAAUACAGUUAAUGAGUGGAGAACAGGAGGGCUUCUUAAAGAAAAAUGAACAGGUCUGUGAGAGCCGGAAUUCUUACUGGUUGGUAGGUGAUCAAAUACUUAUGUCAUGCAAUAAAAUGCAAAUGAAUUACUUAAAAAUCAUACAAUGUGAUUUUCUGGAUUUUUGUUUUAGAUUCCGUCUCUCACAGUUGAAGUGUACCUAUGAUAAAAAAUUACAGACCUCUACAUGCUUUGUAAGUAGGAAAACCUGCAAAAUCGGCAGUGUAUCAAAUACUUGUUCUCCCCACUGUAUCAAAUAUAUCUCACUCAAUGAAUUUCAUUCAGCUAUUGUGACCUAAAGACAUGUAACACGUAAUAAUACAGUAAUACGGUUUAUGCUAAAGAUCAUCUGAACGUUUUGUUUUUCUGUUCCUUCAGCGCCACAAGGCUGCGGCGAAGACUGCAAGAGGAUCGCUCCCUCCAAACCCAGGAGGAACCCCACCACCCAGCUGAGCACCUCCUUUGAUGAUUCCUACAUCAGGAAGCACGUUGGCUCCAAGGGUCACUCCCCCUCUGCCGAGCGCGAGCGCAACCCCUCGCCACCGAGCGACGAGAGCCCCAGCCACCACUCUGACUCGGAUGAGCCCGUCUACAUCGAGAUGGGCGCCAGUGUUGGGGGCGGCGGGCACACAGAGGCACCCAAGAGUGAGGACGAGGAGCCGGGAGAGUCUGUGUAUGAGGAGAUGAAAUACCCCCUCCUGGAUGAUAUGGACUACCGCUGGGACCCCCCGGGGUGCCGCUCCGCCUGCCCCACCCCGGCGCCCCUGGACCCAGAGCCCCUCAGCCGCUGCUCCACCCCGCGCAACAUCCCCCUCUGCGACAUCCCUGCGCCCUUCCCCAACUUGCUCACCCACCGGCCGCCCCUCCUGGUGUUCCCCCCGGCGCCGGCCCAGUGCUCGCCAAACUCGGACGAGUCCCCGCUCACCCCUCUCGACGCACUGACCAAGUUGCCCAUGAUGGACAACCCCAGCGCCUACAACAAGUCGCCCACCUCCUCUUCCGAGCCCCCCUUGGCGCACCUCCGCCGGGAGUUGACAGCCACGCCCACCCUGACCGUGUCGGGUCGCUCGUCGGCUCCGCCCUUGCCCUGCACCCUCUACAAGUCCUCGGCCUCCUCGGCCCACGGCUAUCAGCGCAGCCACUCAGCCUGCCCCUCUCCCGUCAGCAUGGGCCGCUGCCUCACGCCGCUUAGCCUGAUGCGCACAGCACCCUUCGACGCCUCCAUGCCUUUCCCGGGCGGGCUGCCGCGCAGCGCCUCCGCCACCCCCCAAGGAAAGGGCUCGCCCCCACAGGACUGCGUGGCCGGGGGCAGGCUGCAUGGGUCGAUGCAGAACGUGUCCACGGGACGCUCGCGCACACCGACCAGCCCCCUGGACGAGCUGACCAACCUGUUCACCGCCGGCAGGAACAUGAUGAAGAAGAACGCCAGCGGGAGGAAGUCCAAGGAGCCCGGGGAGAGUGAGUGUCAAUCAAUCAUUCAGUCAGUCAAUGCAUCUCAUCAUCUAUUUGUCAAUAUGGUUACAGAAUCAGUCAAUAGCUACAUAGCGGUAGAGUAACAAAAUAGUUACUCCACAUGUAUCCAGUCUGAUCCAAUGUGACUGCCGUGCCAUAACCCAUUGACACAUUGUAAAAAUAAAAAUGAAAUUAGUUAUUAGUGGUCUCAUUCGUGUCGCAUCAACGUAACCCCCUUUUCAUCUGGUAAAACAACUUCCAAUCCCGCUAAAGUAGGAGAUGCUGCUGAUAGCAUGUAGGCUAUGCCGUGGGUGUUUUGUGGCUCUUUGCAAGCAUUUCCUCCAUGAGCCCGUUUAAUCUAGGCCCACCGAAUGUAGAUUGAUACAGAUCAUAUGAUUUAAUCUGGCAGGAUUAGGGAGUAGAGCGGCUGACAUGAGGACCUCUCAAACCCUGCAGUGACAUUAAGCCACCACACACCAUUACUCUUAAAUAUGUAAACACCAUGUUUACACACAGGAAGCCAAUGUGUCCAGUCCAGGACCCAGCCCUCAUGUUUAAACACAGGAGGCCAAUGUGUCUAGUCCAGGACCCAGCCCUCAUGUUUAAACACAGGAAGCCAAUGUGUCCAGUCCAGUCCAGGACCCAGCCCUCAUGUUUAAACACAGGAAGCCAAUGUGUCCAGUCCAGGACCCAGCCCUCAUGUUUAAACACAGGAAACCAAUGUGUCCAGUCCAGUCCAGGACCCAGCCCUCAUGUUUAAACACAGGAAGCCAAUGUGUCCAGUCCAGGACCCAGCCCUCAUGUUUAAACACAGGAAGCCAAUGUGUCCAGUCCAGGACCCAGCCCUCAUGUUUAAACACAGGAAACCAAUGUGUCCAGUCCAGUCCAGGACCCAGCCCUCAUGUUUAAACACAGGAAGCCAAUGUGUCCAGUCCAGUCCAGGACCCAGCCCUCAUGUUUAAACACAGGAAACCAAUGUGUCCAGUCCAGGACCCAGCCCUCAUGUUUAAACACAGGAAACCAAUGUGUCCAGUCCAGUCCAGGACCCAGCCCUCAAGUUUAAACACAGGAGGCCAUUGUGUCUAGUGCAGGACCCAGACAAAAUUACAUCAACUGUGAAUUCUGAUAGGUUCCCAACACCGGAGAUUAGCACAUUUCUAUAUAACUUCAGAACCGUUUUUUUUUUCUUCAGUUUUAUGUCGACCAUCCUGUGAGUUUAUUUUAAAUCAUGAAUUCAUGUUAAAUUUGUAUGCAUAAUUCAGCCAUUACUUCUCUCCUGUUGAGACAGAAACUUCAAUGGGCCUAAUGCAACGGAAUAAAACAUGAAUUUGUGUUUGAAACCACAUAGGCUGUGCAUUGCAUAUGCACACUGUACUGCAGUAAUUAAUGUGUAAGCAGUCAGAACUUUCACAUGUUUGUGUUCCUUAAUAAUGGUCACAAGAGCAGUGAAGUGUGUGAGUGGGUUUUUAUCAGAUUGGCAGAAAAGAGCAGCUGGUGAUUUGGAGAGAGAUCUAACAUUACUGUAUCAACUAACUCCAUGGGGGAAUUCCCACCAGUUGAGUGAAUUUGAAUCCAUAUAGUUUUUAAAAAAAGGACUGGACAUGUGUCAAUCAAUCCGCACUUACCUCCCAGAGCUUCAUAGCAACCAUCAACUCCAAGCCAGUCAUAGCAACAGAAGAAGGAGCCUCUCUUAUUUGCAGAAUCCCUCCAUGUGGGGAAGUGGGCCAAUCGCAGCGCAGGUCACGCAGGCUUCCAACUGAUUACGUGCAGCAGCGGGCUCCUGAGAGACAGCCAAGGCUUUUACACCUGAUCAGAGAGUUAUAUUCCUCUGUUAGCCCAAUCAGCUAGUAGAGAUUUAACCAAUCAGGGAAACAUAUUCACAGUCACCAAUCAGGAGAGAGAAAGAAGCCCCCCCAUCUAUGACAGUUGCUGACUUCCUGGAAUUGUACCACAAUUUUCUCUGACUGUUGGAAGUCUUAGUGGUUAUGACAAAUGUUUGCAUCUCGCCUUUUACGCAAUUGCUGUGUAUUUCUUUGGACUGUGAAAAAAUGUAUGCAUUUGCAGUAAUGUCUUAUUGAUGCACAAUUCAGAUUUGUCCUUUAGCCCUUUUUUGGCUCAUAAACUAUGUUUACUCACACUAUGUAGUGGCGGGCAAUGCUGUGACGUCUACGGGUUUUUCUAUCGUAGCACCAGCGUCCAGCCAGCCUCGUGGGUCUCACAUAAUGGCAGGUCCACUGACCAACGUUUUAUGAUUGGUCACGUGCAGGCAUCCUCCCUCUUGCUAUCUGGGAGGAUAGACGAUAGAAUCACAGCUAGCUAGAAUGUCCCACUUUCCUCCUGGUUAACCACCUCUCAGACCCGUACAACCAGCACGCACUGGUGACACGCAAGCCUUGUCAUAUGGGACUAGUAAUGCACCAAAGCGCUCUGCUGGGAAUCAACCAUGCAUGAUGUUUUUUUGUGUGUUUUUUUCUCAGAGAUUUACCGAUGUCAGUCUCUUUUGGGCUGUUGCCUUUUGGUUGUCAGAACGUCGAGGAACGCUCUCUGACUUCUAACUUCCUUUAGAGUUUACAAAUCUGGACAGAUGGAACAGUGCUGCCCAUAGCAAUUUUGUGAAUGAGGGAUCUACGCGAGAGAAAGAGACAAGCAGAGCGAGAUAGAACAUUACAAUCGUUUUAGAAAAAUGUCACCAAAUUCGACAGAUUAAGGGUUGCACACAUCGCACCGAAUGUGGAUCUAGCAUUUGUCUGCCGAUCUUUAAGCGAACUGUGUUAAAAGGACAUUUCUAAAAUGUUCAAUUUGUAAGUCUCUCUGGAUAAGAGCGUCUGCUAAAUUACGUAAAUGUACUGUCUAAAAUUGUAAGGGUACAGCCUGUUGAGGGAACAUUGUUCAUAAUCUCCAGCACCACCCAAACAUCAUCAUGUGAAAAUGGCACGUUUAUAAGUUUUGCAGCAAAAAAAGAUAGAGGAAGAUAAGUGCUUCCAAUGACAUCGUUGUGCAUCAUGUGAUGUUAACCAAUUAUGAGGAGGCAUCGCCUACUAAUCGCCUCCUAAUUGGUUGAUGAUGUCAUUGGAAACACUUAUCUUCCUCUUUUACUACAAAACAGAAAAACGCACAAUUUUCACAUAUGUUGACGUUGGGGUGGAGCUGGAGAUGAUGAAUAUGAAGUUGAAACAUUUUGAAAUGUCCCUUUAAGUACUCUCAGCCAGCAAAUGCUAUUGGUGUGUCUGAGCCAUAACACAGAAGAAGAAACAAAUGAAAUAAGAAUGCAUUCAAAGUGGUUACUGGGCCUUUACCUACCCAUUGAUAAUAGCAUCUAUGCAAGUCACAUCCUGGAUGUCUCUGCGGAACGAAACAACAGCGUUUCAUCCCAGCAUACCAAUAGUUCAUAGCUACCACAGCGCAUGGGUGACACCGCGUGGCCAUAUAGCGGUAGUGCAGUAUAUAUAUAUAUUGUUUUACAGAUGUUCUUUCAUUUUUCAUCUUCUUUAUGGUAUAUAGCCUAUGUUUACUAGUUAUUUUUGUGUGGACAUAACUUGGUAUUUUACGGUACAACGACUGUGUUUCUCCUCUGUUAUAGCCGAGUCCAAGAGUAUGUCUCACAGUGAGUCCAAACGUGAUGGCAAGGAGCGGCACAGUCACAAGGAGUCCAAACGGGAGAGCAAGGAGCGGCACAGUCACAAGGAGUCCAAACGGGAGAGUAAGGAACGUAGCAAAGAGUCUUCUUCUCACCGACGCGACACCAAGGACAGGAGCUGUAGCAGCGUGGAGCCGCUGCCCAGGCGGUACAGCAAAGACAAGGGUUGUAACAGUGUGGAGCCCUUGCCUAUAAAAAUGGACAGUAGAGAUAGAGGUUGUGGUAGUGUGGAACCCCCGCCUGUCAGACGGGACAGCAAAGACAGAAGUGUCCACGGCAUGGAGCCGUUACUGCGACCGGACGGCAAAGACUCUCCCCGGAACGGUGUGGAGUCCAGACACGACAGCAAAGAAAGGCUCAGCCACCAGAACCCACCAGAACUUCUACCCAGGCAAGAUAGCAAAGACCGAACCAGGAACGGAAUGGAUUCGAGACAUGAGAGCAAAGAACGAUUGUACCAGCCACCAGAGCUCCUACCCAGACAAAAUAGCAAAGAUUCACCCAGAAAUGGCCUUGAGUGCAGACGUAAUAGCAAAGACCGAGACAGGGAGUGCUACGGCCUGGAGUCUAGACAUGAUGGCAAAGAACGAAGUUACAAUGGAAUGGAGCCCUUCCCCUUACCCCGACAGGAAAUCAAAGAGUCAGCCAGAAAUGGCCUUGAAGCCAGGCGUGACAGCAAGGACAGAAGCUGCAAUGGCUCAGAGCUGCCCCCCCGGCGCGAUAGCUACGGCAAGAGUGUCAAUGUGGUUGAUCUUAGGUGCGACAAUAAAGACCGGGUUGGUCAAAGCUCAGAGGCCUUGCUCAGGCGUGAUGGCAGAGAUAGGGGGACCUAUAGCGUUGAGCAAUCAAAAGCACAAGCGAGGAACGGUGUAUCAGGGCAACAAUCAUCGACGUCCACACCAACUCGGCACGGUAGACCUGCUGGCAGUCCGCCAAUGGUGUUGGGAACUGGCAAUACAGGUGAGGAAAGCCUAAUUGAAAUUGCACAUACAGUUCAACACAACCAGACACCAGGAAGUGACUGUGGUAAAUGAUUUACAGACACUAAACAUGUCCUCAUCCUAACAUGUAUACAACCAAGGUAGUAAGGUUCCCACUGGGCAAAAACUGGUUGAAUCAACGUUGUUUUUCCUCACGAAAUAAAUUAAUGUGUUGACGUUGAAUCAACGUAGAAAACUGAUUGGAUUUGCAAAAAGUCAUCAACAUAAGGGAAUUGCAUAUUUUUUUCACCCAACUUUUAACCUAAAUCAUGUCAGUUGACAACUCAAUCUAAUAUAAAUCAAAAAAUAGACGUUUAACUGACAUCUGUGCCCAGUGGGUUAUUAUUGAUAUUUGAAAGUUAUUGGCAUAAAAUAAACUUGCUGAAGUAAACUAUAUAUUUAGGCCUACCAGCUGAAGCAAAAUAUCCAAACAUCAGUUUAGCAAAUGUUUGUUAGCUUGGGCAGGUCGGUUUGCAGAAUCUCAUUGCUUUGACUGAAUAUAGGUUUUCAGCAAGGGUUUUAGGGCCAAUGGUUUCUCCUGACCAUGUGACCUGACCAGGGAAAACUCCUAAAUAUAUAUAGCGCUAAUAUACUGUAUAUAUAUAUAUCUCUUAAACAGGAAAACCCAGCUGUAAUAUAUACAGUACCAGUCAAAAGUUUGGACACACCUACUCAUUCAAGGGUUUUUCUUUAUUUUUACAUUGUAGAAUAAUAGUGAAGACAUCAAAACUAUGAAAUAACACAUAUAGAAUCAUGUAGUAAAAAUAAAAGUGUUAAACAAAUCAAAAUAUAUUUUAUAUUUGAGAUUCUUCAAAUAUCCACCCUUUGCCUUGACGAAAGCUUUGCACACUCUUGGCAUUCUCUCAACCAGCUUCACCUGGAAUGCUUUUCCAACAGUCUUGAAGGAGUUCCCACAUAUGCUGAGCACUUGUUGGCUGCUUUUCCUUCACUCUGCGGUCCUCAUCCCAAACCAUCUCAAUUGGGUUGAGGUCGGGGGAUUGUGGAGGCCAGAUCAUCUGAUGCAACACUCCAUCACUCCUUCUUGGUAAAACAGCCCUUACACAGCCUAGAGGUUUGUUGGGUCAUUGUCCUGUUGAAAAACAAAUGAUAGUCCCACUAAGCCCAAACCAGAUGGGAUGGCGUAUCGCUGCAGAAUGCUGUGGUAGCCAUGCUGGUUAAGUGUGCCUUGAAUUCUAAAUACAUCACAGACAGUGUCACCAGCAAAGCACACCCACACCAUAACACCUCCUCCUCCAUGCUUUACGAAAAAAAAUCUCAAAUUUGGACUCCAGACCAAAGGACACAUUUCUACCGGUCUAAUGUCCAUUGCUCGUGUUUCUUGGCCCAAGCAAUUCUCUUCUUCUUAUUGGUGUCCUUUAGUAGUGGUUUAUUUGCAGCAAUUCGACCAUGAAGGCCUGAUUCACACAGUGCCCUCUGAACAGAUGAUGUUGAGAUGUGUCUGUUACUUGAACUCUGAAGAAUUUAUUUGGGCUGCAAUUUCUGAGGCUGGUAACUCUUUUGAAUUUAUACUCUCUGGGUCUUCCAUUCCUGUGGUGGUCCUAAUGAGAGCCAGUUUCAUCAUAGCGCUUGAUGGUUUUUGCGACUGCACUUGAAGAAACUUUCAAAGUUCUUGAAAUGUUCUGUAUUGACUGACCUUCAUGUCUUAAAGUAAUGAUGGACUGUCAUUUCUCUUUGCUUAUUUGAGCUGUUCUUGCCAUAAUAUGGACUUGGUCUUUUACCAAAUAGGUCUAUCUUCUGUAUACCCCCCCCCCCCCAGUCACAAUACAACUGAUUGGCUGAAACGCAUUAAGAAGGAAAGAGAUUCCACAAAUUAACUUUUAAGAAGGCUCACCUGUUAAUUAAAAUGCAUUCCAUGUGACUACCUCAUGAAGCUGGUUGAGAGAGAAUGCCAAGAGUGUGCAAAGCUGUCAUCAAGGCAAAGGGUGUCGAUUUUGAGGAAGUCUCAAAUAUAAAAUAUAUUUUGAUUUGUUUAACACUAUUUAUUUUAUGGUUAAUACAUGAUUAUCCAUAUGUGUUAUUUGACUACAUUUGCACAACUGUUAUAUAUAUUUCUUGAUUUAUGACUUAUGUUUUUUACCCCAUAUGUAACUCUUGUGUUUUUAUUGAACUACUUGCUUUACUUGGCCAGGUCGCAGUUGUAAAUGAGAACCUGUUCUAACUGGUUACAUGGUUAAAUCAAGGUGAAAAAAAAUUUAAAAAAAAAUAUUUCAUCGUUUUGAUGUCUUCACAAUUAUUCUACAAUGUAGAAAAUAGUGAAAAUAAAGAAAAACCCUUGAAUGAGUAGGCAUGUCCAAACUUUUGACUGGUACUGUACAUGAAAUAAGCAACUUACCUAGGGUACUUCGCCAACUGUGCUCAUCAGGUUGCAGUCUAAAAUUAUUUUUGGACUGCAACUUGCUUUUCUAUGGUUUUGACGGGAAGAUACUCACACUGCCUUGACCAGGUGCAGGUGCUUUUUUGAAACAUUGUAGCCGAAAAAGCUAGGAGCUUAGGCUACACAACAUAGAAGUAAAUGCGUUAUCUUAUAGGCAAGACGGAAAAACAUGGUGGUCUUCAAAGUACAAUAUUUAUUCUGGUCUUGAAAGAUGGUAACGGACAUCAAUGCAUGUGGUGGGUCUGAGAUUGUGUUUAGGCUUACAACUGCGUAUUGCUUCACCGUAAGGUUUUGUUUUGUUUACAUGUAAACCAUUAAAAGUUAAUUAAUUAAUUAAAAACGCAUUUGUCCGUCUUUAUAGAGCUGAAACCAGCACUUCCGAAGUAUGGCCAUUCUUCCUCCGCCCCAGUUACACCCUCUCCCUUAGGGACCCCACAGAGGCGAGCACCAGAGGCACAGGUAAGUUGAUGAGAUAGGCCCCUCCUCCAGACCUGGAUCAAUAUAGAUUUGUUUUCUUUUAUUCUUGAGAUGUGCUUGAUUUACUUUCCCUGGUUACUUACCGCUCCGCUUUUCCCCAGGCGUCCCAGAUGCCGUGGAUGUGUGGGGACAGCACCAUGCUGGAGCAGAUUGAAAGGAAGCGCUCCCUGUGCAUUGAGAUCCGCUCCAGGCAACAGCCAGACAGGAACCCCCCGGACCGGAACCUCUGUAAGCAGGACAGCAUGCCUACCCUCCCCACCUGGGGGAAGAGCAACGGGGCCAAAAAGAUCCGGCCUCCCCCCUACCCUACACAAACCACCGUGUUCUGGGACACAGCCAUCUGA